AUAUAAUAACCGAGAGUAUGUAGAAAACGAAUGUUAUUACAAACAUGAGACUCAGUGAUUUAGUGAAGUUAUUUGUAAAUGGUCUGUAAGUGAAGUAUGUAGCGAGUGAUUCAGUUCAGUGUAAGCAAUGAGAACUACCAUUCAGUUACUCGAUCGAUUAACUGUGGAACUCUACAAAGUCCGAAGACCUCCAGGGGGAGAAAGUAGCGAUAUUUUUGGCUCUGCCAACGGUCAGGAAGAACAAAGUCCACGAGUAGUUAACCGCGUAAUGCAAUCUAACAUAUUCAGGCAAGAUGAUAUCGAUACACUUUCAACACAACAGAGGAGAAAAAUCCAAGAGAGUGACAGCCAGAAUCGACUGUUUGGGCCGCCAGAGGAAAACAAUUCAUCAAGGAAUGUUGUUGAUCGGUUAAAGUCAAAUAUAUUUCCUGACGAAAAACAAGAUAACCAAACAUUACAUCCUUCGAUUUAUGAUACAGAAGGCCAAGUUUCUAAUAAUAAUUCAACGACUCCAGAAAAGAUGAAGACUCGCACUAGAAUCCCUCCAGGUGGAAUCUCAUCCGGAAUAUUUUAAGAAAAGGCUGGUUGCUAGAAAUCAGAAUAAUGGUCAUUAUUCUAAAACACUCUUUAGGAUUUGUUUGACUUUUCAGAUAUUUUACAAGCUUUCUUUUUUAAUCAUAAUAAUUUUAUGUAUUUUUUGUUAUGCUAAGUUUGUUUGCAUUUUAAACAUAUGUUCUGAAUUGGCACAGGGCUAGAAACUGAAAAGUGAGUAAGACAGUGAACCAGGACGAAAACAUAUUUAUUAUUCAAAUGAAAGAGUAUACAUUUUUCUCCAGAAUGAAACUAAAGACCUAAGACACUUCCGUAUAAAUAUACAUGUUCUGCUUAUUGCCAAUUAAAGGUUCCUGUUACAACACUUGUCUUCUGAAUAAUACUUUUCGAAUUAGACCAAAACAGUGUGAUUUUCUUAUGUGUUUCUUACGUUCAAAUAAUUAUUUUCAGAGCUUUAAAGAUAUACUGUUUUAUCUUCACACUUUACGUUCCCGCAGUUUUAGAUGGCCUGAUAUACCAUUCUAUGUCAGUAAUUUGUGUUAGUAAAACGUAAUAGUGUACUUUAAUGUUGUUUUUUUUAACUAUUUCGAAAUAAAAUAUUUCAAAAAGUGGUAAA